CUCAUUCCUUAUAAUGGUACACGCCGUUAUUGCGCUUGUAUUAGCCGUAGCCACAGUAGUAAAUGCAGAACAAACAGAAAAACCUCUUCAGGUUCUCAAGGCUCCAUUAACAUGGCGCGACUUUGAGAUGGAAAUGGUUCUCUUGGUUGCUUUUGGCCUUUAUGUUUUGGCUUGGUACCAGGGAAAGAAGUCGAACACCGAGAUUGCCAAGAAAUGGGUUGCUAUGAACGUAGGCUAUCUUGAGGAGCAAUUUGCAUUGGUUGGAAGUAAGGUUGGAAGUGCUAGAUCGAUCUUGAUCCAAGACGGACCGGCGGAUUUCCUGUUGUAUGUGUCUGGUAGACGUAAUGUUGAGUUUGGACAUUGGUGGAUCAAGUUGAAGCCUCGCAACGACAUGUUGAACUUUGGUAUCACAAAGGUUCUGUCUAUGUUCCAAUUGGCCAAUAAUCCUACUGACAGAGUGGUAUUGGAUAUUACUCUGGACAAGGCCAUUAGCGAUCGUUUUGUGUUUGCAAUUUUGCCUCAGGCUGAUUCCAAGGCUAUUCAUGAAAGACGUUAUGAUUUGAAAACAAUGACCAAACUUGCUCAGAGUGAUUUGCCUUCAAAGAUGGUUGUCUAUAGUGAAUCUCAAAAGCUGGCUGAUGUAUUGAUUGCGAAGAUUGGACCAAUUAUUCGUAAUUCUCCUGGAUUUGACUCGCUUAUUAUUUCUUCUAUGCCUGCUAUUGAGCCAGAAAAGUUUGAGGGUGAGACUGGGUUGGUAUUGUCAAUGACAUUUGGGAUUGUAUUGGAUAAAACCGAUCCUCUGGUCGAGCUUGCUUGUGAAUUGCCUGAUGUUAUUUCGCAGCUCCAAUUGACUGCUGACAUCAAGGCUACUCUCCGUAAGAACCGCGAGUCUCUUGAGAAGCAGGUUGCCAAGCGUCUUGCUGAAGAGCGUGCUGAGGAAUUGGUUCGUAAGAAGGCUGAGGCUAAGCGUGCCGAAGAAGAGCGUGUGAAGACUUUGAGUCCUGCUGAACAGCGCAAGUGGGAGGAGAAGGAACGUGCUCGUGAAGCCAAGCGAGCACAGAAGAAACGUACCAAGCGUGGAUAAAAUAAUAAUAAUAAUAAUAAUAAUAAUGAUAAUAAUAACAAUAAAAAGUAAAAUAAAAUAAAAAUUGUUAC